AUGAAUCAAGCGAUUAAUGACACCGCAUCACUUCAGCGUACUGGCACAAUUGAAAACUUUCAUCGAAGUGUUGUCAUUACUGCUUUAGUUUUAGGUCAUAUAGAUUUGAUAACUAGUUCGUUUGUGAUCUACUCUGCAUAUAAGAAAUGGCUCACAAGUUCUCUAUCAAUUUCAAGUCGAGUUCCUCUAUAUCUCAAUAUGGUUUUCAUGCCGAACUUCUUUUAUUCGUUGAUUUAUCAUAAGGUUAUUCCUGAAACACCUUGUAAACUACUAGCAUUCCUGUUCUUUUUUAACAUAAAUAUCAAUAUGAUUGUAAUGGCCGGUGUUGCAAUUAUCACUUAUGUGAGAAUUGUAAGAAGACCAAUUGACCUGGACCUGGGAAAAUUUGAUUGCAUCGAUAGACGAAACAAAUUGGAAAGACAGGCUAUGUUAAAAAUGUUGAUCUUUAUUAUGAUUUUUUUAAAAUGGUUACCUUUAACUUUAUAUGGUAUAUGCAUUAUAUCUGGUUAUGAAGAGGCUUUAUGGAUACAUAUUUUCGCCCUUAUUG